AGUUGCCGUAGCGGAGCCCUCUGGCUCUGGGCGAGAGUGUGAGUGGCUGGGAGCCGCCGGCGGAGCCGCGGACGGUUUGCUGAGCCCGUUAGUGCCGCCGCCAUGUCCCGCUACCUGCGCCCCCCCAACACGUCUCUGUUCGUCAGGAACGUGGCGGACGACACCAGGUCUGAAGAUUUACGUCGGGAAUUUGGUCGUUAUGGUCCAAUAGUAGAUGUUUAUGUUCCACUUGAUUUCUACACUCGACGGCCAAGAGGAUUUGCAUAUGUUCAAUUUGAGGAUGUUCGUGAUGCUGAAGAUGCUUUACAUAAUUUGGACAGAAAAUGGAUUUGUGGGCGUCAGAUUGAAAUCCAGUUCGCACAGGGGGAUCGGAAGACACCAAAUCAAAUGAAAGCCAAGGAAGGGAGAAAUGUGUACAGCUCUUCACGAUAUGAUGAUUAUGAUCGAUAUAGACGUUCUCGGAGCCGAAGUUAUGAAAGGAGGAGAUCAAGGAGUCGCUCUUUUGAUUACAACUAUAGAAGAUCUUACAGUCCUAGAAACAGUAGACCGACUGGAAGACCACGGCGUAGCCGAAGCCAUUCCGACAAUGAUAGAUUCAAACACCGAAAUCGAUCUUUUUCAAGAUCUAAAUCCAAUUCAAGAUCACGGUCCAAGUCCCAGCCCAAGAAAGAAAUGAAGGCUAAAUCACGUUCUAGACCAAACUGCAGCUGGAAUACCCAGUACAGUUCUGCUUACUACACUUCAAGAAAGAUCUGAAAGCGGAAAAAAGAACCAAAGAAGGGCAGUUCAAGCGACCAAAGGGUGGGUGGAAGGUGCUGCAGUAUGAAUACUGUACGAAUAUUUUGACUCUGGUCUGAAAAGAUAAAAGAAUUAUCGAAAACUACAUGGAAUAAUUGAAGUCCCUUCAAGUUUGAAAGUAAGCAUUUUAGGACAAAUAAAAGGAAAUUCAACUUUGUACUUGUGGAAACUAAUCCCUAAAUAUGAACAGAUAUAUAUUGACUCACGGGUGGCAGAUCCAGGAUAACUUACUGGUAACUAGGAUGUCUGAAUAUCAGGAAGACAGCCAUAGUCUCUUAACAGUGCCUCUCUUGGUCUGUCUCAAACUAAAUUGAAUGGUAAAGGUAUGGUCCAAUACAAAAUUUUUCUUGGUUAUCUUAAAAAUCAGUUCCACUUAACGCCAGUGUUGGCAGGUCUUGCCUUUGUUUAUUCCAGUGCCAGUAUUUUCUGCUUAACUGUUUGUUUUGUUGGCAUCUGAGUUUUAUUUACGUGUAUACCAUGUAUAGUUUACAUCUAACCACUCCUUCCCGGGUUAAUUCCACUUAUACUUGACAUCCAACCAUGAGGGCCCAUCUCUUUCUCACCUCUUGCCUAGACAGUAUGUUCAACAGAUAUUUAUUGAAUCCUUACUGUGGGCAAAACAUACUGGAUAAUUGGAGAAGAAUAGAUAAUUACUUUAGUAAGUACAUACUGAGCACAAUCUAGUGAGUCAUUAUAGUAUGGCCACAUUUUGAAGUGUAUUAUGGCGAUUUUUCAUAUCAUUCAUAUUCUAAUGUAAUUAUAAAACUACUAUCAAAGAUAAGUAAUUUUAUGGUUGUCUGCCAUUUAAAAUUAUCUAGUAUUUGUAUUCCAUGACUACAAAUAAGAAAACCUGUGAUAAGCAGAUUUACUGUGCAGUGAUUAAUAUGCUAGAGUAAUAACUAAAUUGUUCACUCCUGGCUCAGUCAAACAAAUAGAUAAUCCCCAGAAUAACAAGUAUUUAACUUUGCAUUAAAGCAGACCCUGGGUGCUAUAAUUAGAUUAUUUUGAGGCAGACAGCUGUUACCCCAGUGACUUAGUAUAUUCUGUAUUGGGAAAAAAAUGUUUACCAGAUUAGACUUUUAGUGAUAUACUUGUACAUUUUAUAGGGGACAUACUCUGUGUAUAGGUGAUAACUUUGUAGUGUCACAAAAUGUUUUUGAUUCCUUGGCUCCUUGUUAGGAUAUGAACCUGUUUAUCAACAUUGAUUCCAUCACAUUUGAAUUUUUGUUGUAUUUUUGCCACAUUUAAAAUUGUCAAAAAUCUGAAAUCUGGAAACAGUGUAAAGCCUUUUAUAGCAAUUUUUAAAAUGUAAUAGGAUUACACAUAAAUGAAGGGAGGUAAAAUGAAGGUUAUUUUGUGUUAAACUUUUCAGCCUGCCCAAACUUAAAAAGGCAGCAGGUACCAGGUGAGAAUUACAAAUUUUGGCUUCAUUUUUGUUGCUGUUUUUAUUUUGAAUCAAGUUGGAAAUGCUUUUAUAGUUUUAUUUUCAAGGACACAAUAAAAAUUGAUAAAAACUGAAUUUAGCAUUUAUUUCAAGAUUAUAAAUCACAAAAUGUGUUUUUUAGCAUUACAUAAUUAGCAUUGGAUUGGUUUUAAAGAUAGAAGUUCUGUGUAUUUCACAGUUAUCUGUGCAAUUCGUAGGUGUUUUGUUCUCUACUUCCCCUCGCCAUUUCCUUUCAAAUUGAACUUAAGGCCUUCCAGAGGAGAGAAUGGAGUGUGUUUACAUGAGGGUUUGAUUUGGUUUGCUUUUUUAAUUGUACUAUUUGGAUUUCUUUGCUUUUAGGGGUUUCAUUUACCAGAAUUACCUUGUUUGUUUACAAGUACAAUAACCGUACUUGACAGUUGUUAAGAUUUUAAGUAUGGUAAAUUAGAAAGGGCCCCUGUGGUUUGGGUAGCUGUAGAGUUAAAUUGUUUUAGCCUGUCUAUUGUGGUUUCCGUGUAUAUUAAAGGCUGCCGAUAUACUAAGCACUUGCUGUGCCAAGUUGUAUGUUUUUCAGCUAUUCCUAUUUAACUUUCAAAAGCAUCACUUGUCUUCUGUGGGAUGCCCAAUAUGUGGACAGAGAUUUUUGCAUACAUACUCCUUACACCUUCUUCAACUUUACUAGGUAAAAUGUAGAUUAAGUGUAUUCUAAGAUUUAUAGGCUGUCUGGAGCUUGGGUACUCCACACUGGCUUUUCCAAAUUUCAGUAUCUUUGGAGUAUUUUUGUGCUACCCUUUUUUUUUUUUAAGUUUGUUUUUAUAAAACACUAAGAUUAAAGAAUGUAGAGUAGCCAGGACUCCGGGGAUCAUCAAAGUCCUUAUAAAGGAAAUUUUCAGAGGGAAAUGUCCUCAAUUUUCAAGGAUCUGAUAGAUGAACUUUAAUUAAAGAACUUUGUCUUCAACUAGUUUUGCCAAGAUUAUCCUAUGGAAGACUUUCUCUUAGUGUUUUCCUGUCUCUUCUUUCAGCAGUGUUGGUUAUUAAUGUUUGUGUAUUUGUAAAGUUGGUUCGCGUGUAGGCAUGUAAAUUUUCAUUAGUAACAGUAUGUGAAAGGUCUUUCUUUGUAAUUCAGUUUUUUGCAGGUCAUAUUUCUUUGAAUGCUGGAGAGUAAAAUAAACUGGUCUAGGUGCUUUUAAAAAAA